UCCAAUCUCGAUAAACUCAUUCCUAUAAGCGGAGACGUAACUGCUAAAGACUUGGGAUUGUUGCCAAACGACAGACAAUUGUUAAUCGAAAGAGUAUCGAUAAUCUUUCACAUUGCGGCUAUUGUCCGUUUUGAUGAGAGUCUCAAAAAUAUAAUUUUCAGCAACUUGCGAGCAACGCGCGACGUUUGUAUUUUAGCCCAGUCCAUGAAAAAUAUAGUAGCUUUACAUCAUAUGAGCUCGGCGUACACACAAAGCGACAAACCCGUGGUGGACGAGAUCUUGUAUCCCUUGAAAGUCGACUGGAGGCAGACGAUCAAGAUCGCUGAGUCUGUUGACGAAGAAAUUCUAAAAAUAUUCACAACAAAAUAUAUAGGAACGUUCGUAAACACGUACGUUUUUACAAAAAGAUUGGCCGAGCAAAUAAUAAGUGACUUUUCGGAAUCACUGCCUUGCAUUAUCUUUAGACCGUCUAUAGUUUUAUCAACAAUUAAGGAUCCUAUACCAGGUUGGAGUGACAAUUUUAAUGGUCCAAUUGGUUUGAAUAUUGGCGGUGGUAUUGGAAUACUACGCGUAGCUUAUGCAGAUUCUAGUUUAAAUUGCGACUUUAUCCCGAUAGAUUUAGUAAUUAGAGCAAUGUUAAUCGUGUCUUGGAAACGCGGAAUACAAAGUAUCUCUGAGGACAAUACCGUUCACAUUUAUAACAGCUCUUUGUGCAACAUAAAAAGCAUAAGUUUAAGUGAAAUGUUAAGCACUGGACUACGUAACUUUAGUGAUAUUCCUUUCGAACGCAUCAUUUGGAAACCAAAUGUGAUUAUGACAAAAAGUCGUUUGUUAUAUUACAUAUUAAUGAUAAUAUUACAUAUUGUGCCUGCAUUAUUCAUAGAUAGAAUAUUAAAACUAUUUGGUGCAAAUCCAAUGCUAAUACGAUUGCAACGAAAAGUGUAUGUAGCGAACCAUGCUCUGUCCUUUUUUUUGAUUAAGUUUUUCCAAUUUAAUAAUAUAAAUUUUAUAAGUGUAUUUGAAAAUUUGAGCGCUGAUAAUGAAAAGGAAUUUGGAUAUAAAGAACUUAUAAAUUUUGACGUGGAAGAAUAUUGCAAAAAUAGCUUGAUCGGCUAUAAACUCUAUCUACUCAACGAAGAUAUGAAUCGUUUAGAACAAGCUAGACGUAAUUUUAAAAGGUAAAGUAUUAAAUGAAAGGUAGACCUCUGCACUACGCAACUGUUUUUUUGAUUACUUUUGAGUUUGUGUUUGCCUUUUGUUAAUAAAGAAACGUUAAUAUUUUUCAUUCAAAACUUUUAAACAAAAUAUUGCAUAUAGAUUCAGAUAAAAUAUUGCACCCUAUGACAGAAACGUUCCAUAUGACCGCUUACGUUUGGUAGAUUAUAACGUCAAUAAAGAAGUAAAGUUUACGUUGUAACAUUUAGAAAACGUUACUGACAACAUUUUUCUUUAGGUAUGUCGCGAUAGGCAAACAGCUUUUAGAUGUAUUUAUUUAGAUGAUUUUAGUUUUACACAGAAAUCCCAGAUUUCUGUCAAUCUUUUUAUUGAAUCAACAAACCUUUUUGGCAGAUCACAACAAAUUUAAAAAUAAUACAAUUGGUAGCGAAGUAAAAAGAACUCACUUAGAGUAUACCACAUUUUAAUUUAAUUAGUCGGAAAAAAACUCAACACGCGUAUAUUUACAUACGCGCGCUAUACAAUUGUGCAAUUUUCACAACACUUUGAUUUAUCUUGAUUUCAUUUAGAGCAAUAGAAAGUAACCUAGCUAAAUUGCUUUUCGAUUUACUACAAAUGAUAUAAUAAACACUAUUGACAUAAAUUCUAAUGUAAUGUUGCAACAUUUUUAUGACG